AUGCUGGGCCGCCCUCGUGUAUAUCGUCCGAGUGUAUUCAGUAGAGUCCGUGAUUAUAGUUUUAAAACACUUGCUCUUGCUUCAUUUCUUGGUGGCGCUGCUGUAACUAGUUACAUAAUAAUUAAACUAGGAAAAUAUUAUAUUUACGAUCGAAAAACAUAUAAACUUCAAAGGAAACAAUACGCCGAAGCUCUUUUGAAAAAAGAAAAGGUCGAAAAAGAACUUGGCCUUCGAGAUUGA